CUUUUACAGUUUUGUGAUUAUCAGAAUAGCACAAUCAUGUUUCGGAAUAGUCUCAAAAUGCUUCUCACCGGAGGGAAAUCAAGUCGUAAAAACAGAUCAAGUGAUGGAGGGAGCGAGGAACCACCGGAUCGAAGACAGUCAAGUGUUGACUCUCGCCAAAGCCGCUCUGGGCAAGGUGGCAUCUCCACAGAAAGCGACUGUGCUUUUGAGCCAGACUACGCCGUCUCUCCGCUUCCAGCAAGUGAAGGUAUGCAGCACAUUCGGAUUAUGGAGGGCAUGUCUCGCUCUCUUCCAUCCUCCCCCUUACUCACACAUCAGUCUAUCAGUGUUCGGCUCCAGCCUGUGAAGAAGUUAACUGCCCCUUUGAGGAAGGCAAAGUUUGUUGAGAGCCCACGAAUUCCAGAAUCCGAGCUUGGCUCCCCAACCCUCACUUCAGCUCAGAAGCUGGACGUGGAUGCAUACUGCCCUGGUGAUGCUGAACAGGAGCUUGGUCCCCCGCCGUCUGUAGAUGAGGCAGCAAACACACUCAUGACUCGUCUGGGUUUCCUCCUUGGAGAGAAAGUCACUGAAGUUCAGCCAGGUGACCAAUACAACAUGGACGUACAGGAUGAAAAUCAGACCUCAGCAAUCACCCAGCGGAUAAGUCCCUGCUCUACCUUGACUAGCAGCACUGCCUCUCCACCAGCCAGUAGCCCCUGCUCCACCCUCCCCCCAGUCAGUACAAAUGCAACAGCCAAGGACUGCAGCUAUGGAGCUGUCACUAGUCCAACCUCCACCCUCGAAAGCAGAGAUAGUGGCAUCAUUGCUACGUUGACAAGCUAUUCUGAAAAUGUAGAACGCACAAAAUAUGUUGGGGAAAGCGGUAAAGAAUUAGGAUCUGGAGGAAACCUAAAACCUUGGCAGGCUCAGAAGUCCAGCAUGGAUUCCUGUUUAUACCGCGUGGAUGAGAACAUGACGGCUUCCACCUAUAGUCUGAAUAAGAUCCCAGAGAGGAAUUUGGAAACAGUUUUAUCACAGUCAGUACAGUCUAUUCCUCUGUAUCUUAUGCCACGACCAAAUUCAGUAGCAGCCACAAGUUCUGCCCACUUGGAGGACCUUGCUUACCUGGAUGAGCAGAGACAUACACCUUUGAGAACUUCUCUUCGAAUGCCAAGACAGAGCAUGGGCGGUGCUCGCACACAACAGGAUUUAAGAGUUCGCUUUGCACCUUAUAGACCUCCAGAUAUUUCCUUGAAGCCUCUGCUCUUUGAAGUGCCCAGCAUCACUACAGAGUCAGUGUUUGUUGGCCGGGACUGGGUUUUCCAUGAAAUAGAUGCUCAACUUCAAAGUUCAAAUGCCAGCGUGAACCAAGGAGUAGUGAUUGUGGGAAACAUUGGGUUUGGCAAAACCGCCAUCAUCUCCAGACUUGUGGCCCUCAGCUGCCAUGGAACACGGAUGAGACAGAUCGCCUCAGACAGCCCACAUGCCUCCCCCAAACAUGUGGAUGCCAACAGAGAGCUGCCACUCACACAGCCACCUUCAGCCCACUCAUCCAUCACCAGUGGAAGCUGCCCAGGAACUCCAGAAAUGCGCAGACGGCAGGAGGAGGCUAUGCGGAGACUAGCCUCACAGGUGGUUGCCUAUCACUAUUGCCAAGCAGAUAAUGCCUACACCUGCCUGGUGCCAGAAUUUGUUCACAAUGUUGCUGCCCUGCUCUGCCGCUCCCCUCAGCUGGCGGCCUAUAGGGAGCAGCUUCUUCGGGAGCCUCACCUACAGAGCAUGCUGAGCCUUCGUUCCUGUGUUCAAGACCCCAUGGCCUCUUUCCGGAGGGGAGUCCUGGAGCCCCUGGAGAAUCUCCACAAAGAGAGAAAAAUUCCAGAUGAAGAUUUCAUCAUCUUAAUUGAUGGAUUAAAUGAAGCAGAAUUUCACAAACCGGAUUAUGGGGAUACAAUUGUAUCAUUUCUGAGUAAAAUGAUUGGAAAAUUUCCUUCCUGGCUCAAACUAAUUGUAACAGUUAGGACCAGUUUACAGGAAAUUACCAAGCUGCUGCCUUUCCAUAGGAUUUUUUUGGAUCGACUAGAAGAGAAUGAAGCCAUAGACCAGGACCUGCAGGCUUACAUCCUGCACCGGAUACACAGCAGCUCAGAGAUCCAGAAUAACAUUUCACUUAAUGGCAAAAUGGACAAUACUACAUUUGGCAAACUCAGUUCUCAUCUCAAGACCCUCAGUCAAGGGUCCUAUCUAUACCUGAAACUCACAUUUGACCUCAUAGAGAAAGGCUAUCUAGUAUUAAAGAGCUCUAGCUACAAAGUAGUUCCUGUUUCACUCUCUGAGGUUUAUUUGCUCCAGUGCAAUAUGAAGUUCCCAACCCAGUCUUCCUUUGACCGGGUGAUGCCUCUCCUGAAUGUGGCAGUGGCCUCUCUCCACCCACUGACUGAUGAACAUAUCUUCCAGGCCAUCAAUGCUGGUAGCAUUGAAGGCACUCUAGAAUGGGAGGACUUUCAGCAGAGAAUGGAGAACCUCUCCAUGUUUCUAAUCAAGCGCAGAGACAUGACUCGUAUGUUUGUACAUCCUUCUUUUCGAGAAUGGCUUAUCUGGAGAGAAGAAGGAGAGAAAACCAAAUUUCUCUGUGAUCCCAGGAGUGGUCACACAUUACUUGCCUUCUGGUUUUCCCGCCAAGAGGGAAAACUAAACCGACAGCAGACUAUUGAGCUGGGACAUCACAUCCUCAAAGCACACAUUUUUAAGGGUUUGAGUAAAAAAGUUGGUGUAUCAUCCUCCAUCCUCCAAGGUCUGUGGAUCUCCUACAGCACAGAAGGUCUGUCCAUGGCAUUGGCAUCUUUACGAAAUCUCUACACUCCAAAUAUAAAGGUCAGCCGACUGCUGAUUUUGGGAGGUGCGAACAUUAAUUACCGGACAGAGGUUUUAAAUAAUGCCCCAAUUCUAUGUGUCCAGUCUCAUCUUGGUUACACAGAAAUGGUGGCCCUGCUCUUGGAGUUUGGGGCCAAUGUGGAUGCCUCUUCUGAAAGCGGCCUGACGCCUCUGGGCUACGCCGCAGCGGCGGGCUACCUGAGCAUCGUUGUGCUGCUGUGCAAGAAACGGGCCAAGGUGGAUCACUUGGAUAAGAAUGGGCAGUGUGCUUUGGUCCAUGCUGCACUCCGAGGUCAUCUGGAGGUUGUCAAGUUUUUGAUUCAGUGUGAUUGGACAAUGGCUGGCCAGCAGCAAGGGGUGUUUAAGAAGAGCCAGGCAAUCCAGCAAGCCCUCAUUGCUGCAGCCAGCAUGGGUUAUACCGAGAUUGUCUCCUACCUACUUGAUCUUCCAGAAAAAGAUGAAGAGGAAGUGGAGCGAGCACAGAUCAACAGCUUUGACAGUCUCUGGGGAGAGACAGCCCUGACAGCCGCAGCCGGAAGGGGCAAACUGGAGGUGUGUCGCCUGCUCCUGGAACAAGGGGCAGCAGUGGCCCAGCCAAACCGCCGAGGGGCAGUGCCCCUAUUCAGCACUGUUCGCCAGGGCCACUGGCAGAUUGUUGAUCUUCUGCUCACACAUGGAGCUGAUGUCAAUAUGGCAGACAAGCAGGGCCGGACUCCCUUAAUGAUGGCUGCUUCCGAAGGCCACUUAGGAACUGUGGAUUUUCUCCUUGCACAAGGUGCCUCCAUUGCUCUGAUGGACAAAGAAGGAUUGACUGCCCUCAGCUGGGCUUGUUUGAAGGGUCACCUCUCUGUCGUACGUUCCCUGGUGGAUAAUGGAGCUGCCACAGACCAUGCUGACAAGAAUGGCCGCACCCCACUGGAUCUGGCAGCUUUCUAUGGCGAUGCUGAGGUGGUCCAGUUCCUGGUGGAUCACGGGGCCAUGAUUGAGCACGUCGACUACAGCGGAAUGCGCCCGUUGGAUAGGGCGGUGGGCUGCCGGAACACUUCUGUCGUCGUCACUCUUCUGAAGAAAGGAGCCAAGAUAGGUUGUCAGACGUUACCGAGUCGCCCACGAGGUCCAGCCACAUGGGCGAUGGCCACCUCCAAACCAGACAUCAUGAUCAUCCUGUUGAGCAAGCUGAUGGAAGAGGGGGACAUGUUUUAUAAGAAAGGUAAAGUAAAGGAGGCUGCCCAGCGCUACCAGUACGCUCUGAAGAAGUUCCCUAGAGAAGGGUUUGGUGAGGACUUGAAAACCUUCCGGGAACUGAAGGUGUCUCUUCUCCUCAACCUCUCUCGAUGUCGCAGGAAAAUGAACGAUUUUGGAAUGGCGGAGGAAUUUGCUACUAAGGCUCUGGAGCUGAAACCGAAAUCUUAUGAAGCUUACUAUGCAAGAGCAAGGGCAAAACGCAGCAGCAGCAGACAGUUUGCAGCAGCCUUAGAGGACCUGAACGAGGCCAUCAAGCUGUGUCCAAACAACCGUGAGAUCCAGAGACUUCUGAUGCGAGUGGAAGAGGAGUGUAGACAGAUGCAGCAGCAGCAGCAGCAGCCACCACAGCCACCUCAGCAGCAGCUACCGGAAGAAACAGAACCUGAACCACAGCAUGAAGAUAUAUACUCUGUGCAAGACAUAUUCGAGGAAGAGUACCUGGAACAGGAUGUUGAGAAUGUUUCCAUCGGCCUCCAGACAGAAGCACGGCCCAGCCAGGGGCUCCCAAUCAUCCAGAGCCCACCCUCCUCUCCAGCCCAUAGGGACUCUGCUUACAUCUCUAGCUCACCGCUUGGCUCUCACCAGGUUUUUGACUUCAGGUCCAAUAGUUCUGUAGGUUCUCCCACUAGACAGAGCUAUCAGUCCACCUCACCUGCUCUUUCUCCGACUCACCAGAACUCUCAUUACAGGCCUAGUCCACCACACACUUCCCCAGCUCAUCAGGGUGGAUCUUACCGCUUUAGCCCUCCUCCUGUGGGAGGGCAGGGCAAAGAAUACCCAAGCCCUCCCCCUUCCCCUCUCCGUAGAGGCCCUCAGUAUCGGGCCAGCCCUCCAGCUGAAAGCAUGAGUGUCUAUAGAGCCCAGUCUGGCUCACCCGUGCGCUAUCAGCAAGAAACAAAUGUUAGUCAGCUUCCUGGCAGACCAAAAUCUCCAUUAUCCAAAAUGGCCCAGCGGCCCUACCAGAUGCCCCAGCUUCCUGUGGCAGUUCCCCAGCAAGGGCUCAGGCUACAGCCUGCUAAGGCCCAGAUUGUGAGAAGCAACCAGCCUAGCUCUGCUGUUCAUUCAAGCACUGUCAUCUCCACAGGGGCCUAUGGUCAAGUAGCCCACUCAAUGGCUAGUAAAUACCAGUCUUCACAAGGAGACAUAGGAGUAAGUCAGAGCCGGUUGGUUUAUCAAGGGUCAAUUGGGGGGAUUGUGGGGGAUGGGAGGCCUGUGCAGCAUGUCCAGGCCAGUCUGAGCGCAGGCGCCAUCUGUCAGCAUGGAGGGCUGACCAAAGAAGACCUUCCCCAGCGACCUUCCUCAGCGUAUCGAGGUGGCAUGAGAUACAGCCAGACACCACAGAUUGGACGUAGCCAGUCCGCAUCCUAUUACCCAGUCUGUCACUCAAAACUAGAUCUGGAACGUUCCUCUAGCCAACUAGGUUCCCCUGAUGUGUCCCAUCUAAUCAGAAGACCUAUUGGUGUCAACCCUAAUGAAAUCAAGCCCCAUCCUCCAACUCCCAGGCCACUGCUGCACUCCCAGAGCGUAGGCCUUCGCUUCUCUCCAUCUAGCAAUAGUAUCUCAUCCACCUCCAACCUAACUCCUACCUUCCGGCCAUCAUCCUCGAUUCAACAGAUGGAGAUCCCACUAAAACCGGCAUAUGAUAGGUCAUGUGAUGAGCUGUCUCCAGUGUCUCCCACUCAGGGAGGUUACCCCAGUGAGCCCACCCGAUCCAGGACCACACCAUUCAUGGGGAUCAUAGAUAAAACGGCCCGGACUCAACAGUACCCCCACCUCCACCAGCAGAAUCGGACCUGGGCAGUGUCAUCAGUGGAUACCGUUCUCAGCCCCACGUCUCCAGGCAACUUGCCUCAGCCUGAGUCCUUCAGCCCACCAUCAUCCAUCAGCAACAUUGCCUUUUAUAACAAAACCAACAAUGCACAGAAUGGCCAUUUACUGGAGGACGAUUAUUACAGCCCCCAUGGGAUGCUGGCAAAUGGGUCCCGCGGAGACCUCUUAGAGAGAGUCAGCCAGGCCUCCUCAUACCCCGAUGUGAAGGUGGCUCGGACCCUCCCUGUGGCUCAGGCAUACCAGGACAACCUGUACCGGCAGUUAUCCCGGGACUCUCGACAAGGGCAGACAUCCCCUAUCAAACCAAAGAGACCAUUUGUGGAGUCUAAUGUUUAAAAGACGUUUGUUGGAGUGAGACCCAUAUGUUUUCACUGCACAUUUUCAGGCUUGGUUUCCACAUUUGAGGUAGUUCCCUAGCUUAAUUUCUCAUGUAGUUUCUGUGUGGUGUUCAGAGGUGGCAGCCCACAUGCUGAAAUCCUUUGCAUGCAGCCAACUGGGAAGCUGGCCUUCGUGAGCCAGGACUUCAGUUUCUCUUGUCUGUGCCCCAGCCACAUGCUCUCUCCCUCUCUUCAGACACCAUCGAGGAGAUUGUUGCGCCGUGUGCUUUAACCCAGGGAGAUCAGACACACUGGUCAGCUUUUUCCAGGAGACAAUCGCUUUCACUGAUGUUCUUGUGUAAAUGUCUUUCUCCUUUUUUACAAAAAUAAGAUGUUUUUGUCCGUUUUCUUCUAGGAACUUUAGAAAGAGUGUGAUGCCCCUUCACCUUGGCGUUCUUAUCCAGUGUUAUCCAAAUAGCCAGCCCCAGUACAUUCUUGUGCCAUGAUCUCCUCCCUGGACUGCCAGCUCCCUGCAGUCGCCAGGUCUUGAAUGUUCAUUUAGACUUUUGCUGGUCUUCCUGUGGGGGUAAAAGGAUCAAGGAGAAAGAGAAGAAAUAAGUCUGUUUAAUUGGAAGAGAAAAAAAAAAUGUAAUUAUUUGAGAUGCCACUACAUUGAUUGUCCAAGAAGCAUUUUUAGGAACAUUUUAAAAGCCAGCCUUUUAAAUAUUUUGGUCAGCCAAGAAAAUUGGACGAGAAUCAUGGAUAUUUUUAAGUAAUUCACUGAAAAUUAUUCUUUAGAUGUUUAGCCAACAAUUAACCAUUAAAAACUACUGAUUUUCCAUGGGUGAGGGAGGGAAUAAAUAAGUACAUAAAAAGAAAGAGAGAAGGAAAGACUGCUCUGGAUUCUCACUAAAAGGCUGUAGAAAAUCUUUGGAGAAAUCUCCCUUUUAGAUCCUGAUGUGCCACUGAGCAUCAUGUUCCACAAAAAGUAAACUCUUCUGAAGAUUGGCCCUUGCAAUAAUUCUGUUAGGUGGAUCUUCACCUGGAGCUAGACUUUUCUCUACUGGCCCUCUUUUAAAACCCAGAUAGUAUUUAGUGAAGAAAUUGUUCCUUUGAGAAGGACAUUGAAUUCUCAUGGGACUGAAAGACUUAUUCCCAGAGUUUGCACCCAGGGCCAUUGCAGGCCGUGCCAGAUAUUGUCUAAUUCCAUUUUGAAAUCCAUAGUUUCAUUAUUAUUUCUUUUUUUUU